ACGACACACAACUUCCACUAUAUUCACCUGGAAACUAGAUACAACGCACAUUUGCACCAAUGAAGGGUGAAGAUGAUGCAAACACUGCGAUGAAAGAUGAGGAGGCUGAUGGCUCGGGUGAGAAACUCUUGGGUUUCAACAGCACAGAGGAGCAGGCGUCAGGGCCGGGAGGACAGGACAGCAUGUGGCGAAAUGAGAGAUAUGAAUCCGUCCCGUUGGAUGUGAAGGGGAUUGAUGAAGACGACUCUAAAGGCACGAGGGAUUCUCUAUACCCACCGACAGGCUCUGCUCUCCGGAAAACUCGACAGUCGGAUGAGAGACCGAAGGACUCGAAUCUGUGGCCGUACUUCCAGGACGGCCUGAGGCGGAUAGAUUACGUGCUCACCUACCACGUCCAGAAGCCCCACAGCGCUCGCAAACAGAAGUCCCGUUCCUGCUGCCUGAGCCGCGGGCGUAACCGGCCCGGCUCACCGGCCCACGACGACCCCGAACUCGCAGCACAAGAGCAGAAGCUGGAUUACCACGAGGACGACCUGCGCCUCCGCCGGGACGAGUUUGAGGAGAACCUGCGUGAAAUGGGCCUUGAGAUUGAGAAAGAGGAAGGGACUAAAAUCCCAGGUGUGGGAUUCGUGAAGAUACAUGCGCCUUGGGAAGUUCUCUGUCGAGAAGCUGAGUUUAUGAAGCUCAAAAUGCCAACAAUAAAGAAAUAUGAAGUCAGUCAUGGAAGCGGCAUUGCGGAGAAGGUCAACAUGUUUAUGCAGAAAGUCACUGCACCCUUGCAACCUAAAGUUGUGGACAGCCGAACGGAUAAUGAGAAACACCUCUCCUACGCGUUCUCAAGAGAAAAACGGCAUCUCUUUGAUUUAUCAGACAGGAACUCCUUCUUCAACAGCAAAACCAGGAGCUCAAUAGUGUAUGAAAUUUUAAAACGAACAAAAUGCACACGGGCUAAGUAUAUCAUGGGAAUCAGCAGUCUCCUCGGCAGUGGCGUUUACACAGAGGCCUACCCUUUACACGAUGGAGAUAUUGACAGCGUACAUGCUGAAACAAAUGACAGAAAGAUCUUGUAUGAAGAGUGGGCGAGUUACAGCAUAUUUUACAAGUACCAGCCCAUCGGACUUAUCAGGAAGUAUUUUGGUGAGAAAGUGGGCCUGUACUUUGCCUGGCUGGGUGUGUAUACUCAGAUGCUAAUCCCAGCAGCGGUUGUGGGUGUUAUCGUGUUCCUGUACGGCUGCGCCACGGUGGACGACAACAUUCCCAGCAUGGAGAUCUGCGACGAGAGAAACAACAUCACCAUGUGCCCAAUGUGUGACCGAGCCUGCAGCUACUGGAAACUGGUGUCGGCUUGCGGGACGGCCAGGGCCAGCCACCUGUUCGACAACGCGGCCACCGUCUUCUUCGCCAUCUUCAUGGCACUGUGGGCCACCAUGUUUAUGGAGCACUGGAAGAGAAGGCAAAUGAGGCUAAAUUACGUCUGGGACAUGACCGGCUUUGAAGACACAGAGGAGAAACAAAAGAGUCAUCAUAGAGCAGAGUAUGAGUUCCAUGUCAUGAAGAAGUCCUUGAAGAAAGAGAAAUCUCCAAAGAGAGGAAAUGUGAAGCUGACAUGCACAGACAGAAUGCCAGCUUACAUGACCAUUAUCGUCAUGAUGGUUUUUUUGAUCUUUGUGACCUUGGUCAUCGUGUUUGGUGUGGUGCUAUACAGGGUCUCCAUUAUGACUGCCCUGCACAUGAGUUCCACUCCCACUUUCCGCACUAAUAUACGGGCCACCGUUAAAACGACUGGGGCUGUCAUCAACCUUAUCAUCAUCAUCAUCAUGGAUGAGGUCUAUGGAGCAAUUGCACGUUGGCUCACUAUUAUGGAGGUUCCAAAAACUGACAAAAGUUUUGAGGAGAGGCUGAUCUUCAAGACGUUCAUACUGAAGUUUGCUAAUGCAUUUACCCCUAUUGUGUACCUGGCAUUCUUCAGAGGCAGACUCAUCGGACGCCCAGGCAAAUAUAUCUACGUAUUGGGGUCUUACCGGAUGGAAGAGUGCGCUCAUGCCGGCUGUCUGAUGGAGUUGUGCAUUCAGCUCUGCAUCACCAUGCUUGGCAAACAGCUCAUCCAGAAUAACCUGUUUGAGAUUGGCGUCCCGAAACUGAAGAAACUGCUCCGACAACGCAAGAUAGACAAAACGCAUCAGGAAGAGCUGAACAAAACGCUUCAUCGCCACGAGAAGGACCACUUCCUUGGGCCCUUUGUCGGACUCAACCCAGAGUACAUGGAAAUGAUCAUUCAGUUUGGGAUGGUGACCUUGUUUGUGGCGUCCUUCCCGCUGGCUCCGCUCUUUGCUCUUCUGAACAACAUCAUCGAGAUCCGUCUCGAUGCCAAAAAGUUUGUGACGGAACUGAGAAGACCGAUUGCUGUAAGAGCAAAAGACAUUGGGAUCUGGUACACUCUUCUCAGAGGACUCAGUAAAGUGGCCGUCAUAGUUAAUGCGUUUGUGAUCUCCUUCACCUCUGACUUCAUCCCACGCCUGGUCUACCAGUACAUGUACAGUCCAGACGGGACUCUUCAUGGCUUCGUCAAUCACACGCUCUCAUACUUCAACGUCAGUCACUUCCAGCCUGGCACGGAGCCGCUGGCGCCGCUACACCUGGGCUACCGCGUCGACGUCUGCAGAUAUAAAGAUUACAGGGACCCUCCAUGGUCCGAGACGCCGUACGAGUUCUCACGAGAAUUCUGGGCCAUUCUGGCGGCGCGAUUCGCUUUCGUCAUCGUCUUUCAGAAUGUGGUAAUGCUGAUGAGCGACUUUGUGGAUUGGCUAAUCCCAGACAUUCCCAAGGACAUUAGCGUUCAGAUACACAAGGAGAGGAACCUGAUCGUUGAGUUGUUCAUGAAGGAGGAGCGGGGCAAGAAGCACAGGAACACCAUCGGUGACCCGAGUCCUCAACCGCUGCGCUCGCGUCCCAGUUCCCAGGCUUGAUCUCCAUCAGAACUCAGU